UAUCUCAUAUAUAAAGUCUUCAAAUCUAAAGUUUAACGCCGUUAAACUACCAAUACAAGUCGCCCAGCUGUCGAAUCAAAAACACCGCUAUAUGUAUGAACAAUAGUAAUGGAAACAGAAUGGGAUGAAAUWAUGUUUGUAAAUCCUGCUGCCUUACACUGCUUUGUGAAGUCGAUAGAUUAAAAUACAGGGCCACCUGUUCUAUGGUCUGUUUAUUUUCCUAAGUGCUAUUUCUUUGACUGAUAAGGUCGAUAAUAGCAAACUCUCGAGAAAUGUGAGGGAUAUUUGCUGUGUUUAUAGUUCCCGGAAGCUCCUUCAAGCCUAUAUAAAAGUCAUUUGGAGUUUCAGCUAGCAACAAAUGUUUCAUUGACGUUUUUUAAGCGGCUCCUAUAUUGUAGGACUAAAUAGAAAGAUGGACGAAAAAAAAGUACAAAUGUACUUAGAGCUUUCAUCCCGCCAUCAAGUGACGAUUGUUUUUGAAACUAUGGCAUCUGUUGGUCUUACGGUGUUCUCYAUACUUGGAAACACUAUGGUUCUUCUUGCUUCUUCAAGAAAUCCACUUCUUCGMCGUUCAUUUUACAUCUACGUGAAUUCUGUAGCUGUCUGUGACAUCUUAAUGGCUUUUUUAGCCUUGACAUUCGCGUGCAGAAGCUCAUUGGCGGGAAAAUGGGAUUUUGGAUUUGUUGUUUGUCAACUUCAAGGCUUUAUCGUUGCAGGAUGUGGUUUUGUCUCWAUUCUUCUACUGUCUCUUAUAGCAGUUAGUCGAUAUUGUAAAAUGGUACACCCUACAAGAUACAGUAAAAUCUUUACUCAAAAGGUUUUCCACCUUUCUAACAUUUUUUCGUGGAUAUUUAUUUUUCUACCUCUUUCCUUGUGUACUGCUUUCCUUGAGUUUUCCUUCAAUCCAGGAAUCUUGGUCUGUUCCCUUAAUUUCGAUGAAAUCCCCUUCUUUGCCGUAUUUUGGGCACUCUUCUAUGGCUCCAACUUUGUCGUGAUUUUCUUUUCUUAUUUCAAAAUCUGGCGUUUCGUGAAGAACCACACAGAAGCRAUGUCCAACUCGCAAGUCAACUCAGAGGAAGUAAAAACCGUGCGUAUCUUGUUUGCGGUUGUCUUUACGUUUACGUUAUGUGUAACGCCUUUGUUCGCAUGUGGUUUUGUGGACACAGUAUUUGGGUUGUAUACGCUUCCACGUCAAGUUUACGUAACGGCUGUGAUGAUGUAUGGAGCGAGUAGCUGCGURAAUCCUUUGAUCUACGGUUUUAUGAACAAGACGUACAGACAAGAGUUCAURAAACUUUUUUGCUCGUUGAGAUUCUGGCGUUUAUCACAAGCAGACGUUUCUCCGUCUAGUGCUUAAAACAGCGCACUUUCUGAUCAAUGKAUCAUGGAACUUUGUUUACGUUUAUAUGUAAAAUAUCUACUGUAUUAUUUCUUGAUUUAAAGAAAUAAUAAUUCGGUAAUUGCUAACAGUAAUAGUGGAAAACUAAUGGUGGGCAGCUAUGUGAAGGGGACACUUGUGUGGGUUGCAUCGGUGUUUUUUAUGAAAGACUGAUAAAAAGAUAAAUUGAAUAGCCAUUAUAUGUUCUCUUUACAGAAUCGUUGUAAGGAAAAACUGAAAACUGCUUUUAGUGAAUAUUUAGACGGUCAAAAAAAUGUACGAAGACUACUUUUGAUUUCCCAU